CUCUCCCCGUCACCGCUGACAAUGUCGCUACCGCCACUGCCACCGUCGGCCUGCGCCUUUCUUGAUCCAUAUCUUCCGUCAAACACUUCGUCGUCAGAGCUAUUUAUAACUUUGACCUAUGCCGCCAGCCUCGAUUCGCGGAUCUCGCUUGGGCCCGGUAUCCGCACCGCACUCUCGGGGCCAGAGUCAAAGACAAUGACACACUACCUACGCGCUCAUCACGAUGCAAUUCUGGUAGGCGCGGGUACAUUUGCAGCAGAUGAUCCGGGUCUGAAUUGUCGGUAUCCGCCAGCGUCUUUGUCCGGUGCUGACCGUUCGCAGAGCGCACUUGACUGCUCUCCAUUGCCUCUGAUUCUUGAUCAGAGCUUUAGGACAAACAUCAGCCUUGAAUCAAAAGUACUGCAGAACGCGACGCAGGGAAUCGGCAAGUUUCCUGUCGUUCUCGUUUCAACUUCGCGGUAUGCGGAAUGCGCCGACAAGAUACAGGCGCUUGAGAAACUUGGCGUACGAGUUGUUCCGAUCCGAGGACUUACGAGCUUAACACCGCGGGGCGAGUCUUGGGAAUUGAUCAGACGGACAUUUGUGGAUGAUUUACGGAUAAAGUCGGUUAUGAUCGAAGGAGGGGCGCAGGUUAUUAAUGACUUGCUGGCUGCUUCGACCAGCGGCACUUCUUCUGAAGCAUUGGUGAAGACGGUCAUUGUUACUAUUGCCCCAGUCCUUCUGGGUGAGAAGGGAGUUCAGGUCUCGCCUGCUCAGGCAAUGGACGAGCUGAGUAAUGUUAGGUGGGAGCCGUUCGGGCGAGAUGUUGUUAUGGCCGCGUCGUUUGGCUCGAGUAGUUGAUUCAGUUUCUAUCAAGGUAUACAAAAGCUAGUCUAUAGACACGUCACUGUGUGAAUUACUGCAAGUUGACGUAUAGUCCGCCGUCGACCAAAAGUUGCGCACCAGUCUAAUGAAAGGAGUCAGUAAGCUGCCAUGAAGAAGAGGAACAAAGAGAUAGCUUACCACAUAUCGUGAGAGAUCACUUG